AUGGAUGAACAAAUUCCAACAUUUUUGGCAGUUACAGGAGUAGAGGAUGAAGCAGUGGCAAAGCAAUUUCUAGAAAUCACUGGUGGUAAUCUAGACAUGGCGGUCACUUUGUACAUGGAAUCUGGCCAGCAGGGAAAUACAGGUAACGCAUCCGGCACUUCUGGUGUGCUGCACAAUCUAGAUGACGAAGCAUAUGCGAAACAACUACAAGAACAAGCUUAUGGUGCCUCAGCCCAGGAUAACGUGCGUGAAGCUGAUGCAAAUGUGCACAGACACGAAACAUUGAUGGACUCAUUUGGUCCAGGACCAAGUAUGUUUGGUCAAAUGCAGAGACAAGCCGACUUGUUUGGACAAAGACAGCAAGGUAUAUUCCAUCAAGGAUUUGACUUUACCAACCGCGCAUCGCGCUCCAUUAAUUCCUAUAACGCAUAUGAUGACGAUAUUGAUGAUGAAGACCCCGAAGAGGAAGAAGAUGAAGAAGAAGGCGAGGGAGAAGAAGAGGAAGGGGAGGACUACGAAUUUAAUUAUGGUAAUGGUAAUGUUAAUGGUGGUAUAGAUUAUGAAGAUGCCGAAUACGGACAUCAAAACCGAGGCAACCACCAUGAUAUACAAAUCUUGGACUCUGAUGAUGAUGAUGAUGAUUCGGACAAUCAAGAAAAUAUUAUUCGACCAACAAGAACUGUUGGUAGACGGAGGCGACUUCGAAAUCAACGAGAUUCAAAUUUAACAUCUGUGCAACGAAGACUCGCUAACUUAUUCCGUCCACCAUUUGACAUUAUAAGUGUCCUCACAAUAGACCAGGCUCGAGCCGUUGCCAAGACAGAGAAUAAAUGGAUUCUUGUCAAUAUCCAGGAUUCUUCUGAGUUCCAAUCACAAGUGCUAAAUCGUGAUUUCUGGUCCAAUGCAAGAAUAAAGCAAAUAGUUAAAGAUGAAUUCAUUUUCUUGCAAUAUCAAAAGGAUUCAUUUGAUGGAGAGUCAUACGUUAACUUUUAUCAUGUUGAGCAAAUGCCUCAUAUUGCUAUCUUAGAUCCCUUGACGGGUGAAAGAGUUUAUAAAUGGAAAGAGGGCGAGGUGCCACAAGUUGAAAAUUGGAUUAGUGAUGUCGAUCAAUUCUUGACAGAAUUUUCCUUGGCCCCAGGGUCGAGCAACCCCAUUGUAAAGCACGAAAGAAAAAUUGAUCCUGAUAGUUUGACUGAAGAGCAGCAGAUCGAAUUGGCUAUGAAACAAAGCGUUAUGGACAACAAUGCAAACAACGGUACAACCAUUGAUAAAGCAAUUUCACUUGAUUCGGAUAGUGAUAUUGACAGUAUUAAUGAUAAUGAUGCGCGAGAAGAAGAACGUGAUGAUGAUUAUGACGAUGACGAUGACGAUGGUGAUGAUAAUGAUAAUUAUAAUGAUGGAGAAAAAAGCAAUACUCGAGGUUUUCAAGAAAAUGACGACUUGGCUAAGAAAAGCACACCAUUAAAACCACUGGACCCAUUCGAUGCUAUAGUCCCUCAAAACCAUUCCGAGCCUGCUGAAGGUGCCAUUACAAGAGUACAAAUUCGAUUUCCCAAUGGUAAACGACUUGUUCGGAAACUUGCAAUGCAUGAUAAAGUAGUUGUCCUAUUUGAAUGGUUGAAAUAUGUUUUGCAAGAUUCAGCAGAGGAAUAUGGAUUAGAUAUUGGGCAAGGUAAUAGAUUCGUUCUUUCAAAUAGCUCGAACAAGGCAUUCAAAUUUAUAGAGAAUUUGCAGGCGACUAUUGAAGACGCCAAUUUGAAAAAUGCCAGCAUCUUAUUAGAAAAGGAUUAA